UCGCUGGUGCACUCGCGCCAUCGGUGAGUGUGGGGCAGCAGCAUCACCGGCGCCUCUGCCGCGCUGCUCCUCGCCUUCCCCGCCUGCUCUCCGCCAACCUCGCCUGGACUGCCCUCUCCCACCACCCGUCCACCCCUCCCUCACCACCCUGCACCUCUCCCACUGCCCCCUCCUUACCAUUGGCUUCCCUCUCCCCUCCUCCUCCUCCUCUCACUCCUCCUCUUCCUCCUCCCCCCUCGCUCGUAUCGUUCUCUCUGGUGCCUCAAUCGCUCCUCCCUCCUCCCUCUUCCCUCCUCACCUCCUCGCGUCCUCACUCACCACGACCUCUGCCACUCGCGCGGCGCCACGCUUCCUCCUCCUCCGCACCGCACCAGCCUCCACCGCACUCCACUCCUCCUCCACGCCCUCACACCCCGCCCUGCAGCGGUCCAUUCCCCCACUCCCCCCGUCCUUUCCCCCACUCUCCCUCGCCCUUUUCCUUACAAUCAUCCUCCCUUUCCCCGACGCCAACCCUCCCUUUCCCCCACGCUAAUGCUCCCUUUUCCCCAUGCCAACCCUCCCUUUCCCCCACGCCAAUCUUCUCUUUCCCCUACGCUAAUCCUCCCUUUCCCUCAAUACCACCCGCCCUUUCCCCCAAUCCCACCCUCCUUUUCCCCCACUACCACCCUCCCUUGCCCCCACGCUGA